AUGUCCAUGUUGGUCACGAGAAACGCUCUCCGAGCUCAGGUUCGACCUGCUUUUGCUCGAACCUUUGCGUCUUCCCAAGCAUCUCAAGCUCAGAGCUUGAAAGAGCGAUUGGAAGAGCUGAUCCCGAAAGAGAUUGAAAAUGUCAAGAGCGUCAGGGAAAAGUACGGCUCAAAGAGCUUUGGGGAGAACACUGUGGAUCAGAUGUACGGCGGAAUGAGAGGUCUCAAGGGUCUCAUUUGGGAAGGCUCCGUCCUCGAUGCCGAGGAGGGUAUCCGAUUCCGAGGUCUCACUAUUCCUGAAUGCCAAAAGCAAUUGCCGACCGCUCCUGGAGGAUCUGAGCCUCUUCCCGAAGGAUUGUUCUGGCUCUUGCUCACUGGAGAGGUUCCCACCAAGGAACAGGUCGACGUAUUGUCCCAGGAAUGGGCUGCUCGCGCUGAGAUUCCCAAAUUCGUCGAGGAGUUGAUCGACCGAUGCCCAAACACUCUCCACCCAAUGAGUCAAUUCUCCUUGGCCGUCACUGCUCUCAACCACGACUCCGCCUUCGCCAAAGCGUACUCUAACGGUGUUCACAAGCGAGAGUACUGGAAAACCACUUUUGAGGACUCUAUGGACCUUAUUGCCAAGCUCCCGAACGUUGCCGGUCGAAUCUUCCGAAACGUCUUUGGAGACGGAAAACUCCCCGCCAUUGACCAAAACAAGGAUUACUCUGCCAACCUUGCCCACCUUCUCGGUUACGGUGACAAUGAGAAAUUCGUCGAGUUGAUGCGAUUGUACAUUACCAUUCACUCUGACCACGAAGGUGGAAACGUCUCGGCCCACACUGGUCACCUUGUCGGAUCCGCUCUUUCUGACCCUUUCCUUUCUUACGCUGCUGCUUUGAACGGUCUUGCUGGACCCCUGCACGGUCUUGCCAACCAGGAAGUCCUCCGAUGGGUCCAGAAGAUGCGAUCUCAGAUCGGAGAGAACGCUUCGGACGAGCAGGUCUCGGAAUACGUUUGGUCUACCUUGAAGGGAGGUCAAGUUGUCCCAGGAUACGGACAUGCUGUCCUCCGAAAAACUGACCCCCGUUACACCGCUCAACGAGAGUUCGCUCUCAAGCACUUGCCCGACGACCCCUUGUUCAAGCUCGUCGGACAGAUCUACAAGCUUGUUCCUGACAUCCUGCUCAAGGCUGGAAAGGCCAAGAACCCAUGGCCCAAUGUCGAUGCCCACUCCGGUGUCCUCCUCACCUACUACGGUCUCCACCAGCAAGACUUCUACACCGUUCUCUUUGGUGUCUCCCGAGCGUUUGGCGUUGUCUCCCAACUCAUCUGGGACCGAGCCCUUGGAAUGCCCCUUGAGCGCCCCAAGUCCUUCUCUACCGCUCACAUCAAGAAGAUGUUCGAGGGCAAGUAG